GCCGCCUUCCUCCAGGGGCGCUUCCAUGAGGCGGCGCUUCUCCCGCCGCGCUGUGACGUCAGGCGAGGGGCGGGGCUCGGGGCGGAUAUCCGGCGUGGGCUGCGGGAGCGAUGCGGCUGUCGGCCGCGGCCUGGAUCUCCCACGGGCGGGUGCGGCGGAACCUCGGCCAGGGGCCCAAGUCCAGGCUCGACCUCCUGCGCAACCUCGUCACCGCGCUCGUGCGCUACGAGCGCAUCGAGACCACCUACGCCCGCGUGGACGAGAUGCGCCUCUACGCCGAGAGGCUGAUCGACUAUGCCAAACGGGGGGACUCCGAUCCCAGAGCCAUGCGUGUGGCUGACUUCUGGCUGACGGAGAAAGAUCUCAUCCACAAACUUUUCAAAGUGCUAGCUCCACGCUACCAGUCAUAUUCAAGAAACUACACUCGAAUGUUGCAGAUUCCCAAUCGUGAUUAUGUAGAUCGAGCCAAAAUGGCAGUAAUUGAAUACAAGGGGAACCCUUUGCCACCGCUGCCCAUUCCGCGUAGAGACAGUGAAAAGACCCUGGUGAACCAGCUCCUGAAAGGUUAUAGGGACGACCUGCUCCGGGCGAAGGAAGCCCCCUUUGUAGAGAGACCGCUAGGCACAGCAGUGUAGAGAUGCAUCCACACUCCUUGUGAGGGAAACAGAACUGCCCACUGCAGCAGAGGCUCAGCCUGCCAUGCGGUCUGUUGGCUGCCCUUGUAGUUGGACCAAUCCCAGCCCACCCCAGUGUCUCCUGGAGGCCUGUUCCUUUGCUUUGUGAGCUGUGCCAGUCAGCAGGGGCUAUCCACAUUUCUGUGUGGGCAGUGCUUGACAUGUGGAAACUUAGAAGAAAAGUCCCAUUUGGUCAUCUGUCAAUAAAUGUAGCCAUGGUGCAAA